AUGUCAACAGAAAUAAGCCAGUCGCGGGACUACCCCUCCAUACCUCCAGCUCCUGCGCAAAACGAGAAGAUCGCAGAGACUGCCAGUAUCGUAGGAUACGAUAUCAGUUCCUCCUGUCCCCGAGAAGCAUCGGAUGAUGACCUGGCAAGACUACGCCAUGUAGCUGAUGCGAUUCCCAAGGUCGUAUGGCUUGUAGCCUUCACGGGAGCUGCGCAGCGUCUUGCCUACUACGGGACGACGGUCCCAUGGCAAAACUAUCUCCAGAACCCGCCAGGCCAUCCCCUAUCUCCUGGUGCGCUCGGCCUUGGUCAAUCUACGGCAACCAUCAUCAAUAACGCGUUCCUAUUUCUUGGUUAUCUAUCGCCACUGCCUUUCGCUAUCAUCUCUGAUUCUUGGCUUGGGCGAUAUAAAACGUUACUUCUCAGUUUGAUCAUCUUCUUAGUGGGACAAGUCGUGUUAUUCGUCACAUCUUUACCGUUUGCAGUUUCGGAUAAAGAGACAGCUCUGGCUGGUUUUAUCGUCGCCAUGAUCUUUAUGGGUCUCGGGCAGGGAGGUACCACGGCCGUUGUAUUCCCCUUUAUAUGCGACCAGAUUCCUGAGAAGCCCCCACAGGUUAUUCGCAAUCACAGGGGAGAAGAGGUUGUUACUGACGCUAACCUCACAAUUCAACAUGUAUUCACUCUCUUCUUUUGGACGAUCAAUAUCGCGUCCUUGAUUACACUUGCUACAACAACUUUGGAAAAGAGCGUUGGUUUCUGGGCUGCUUACCUGCUACCCUUGUGUGGCUUGAUUGUAUCCAUGGUACCAUUCCUGCUAUUGAAUGGCCGACUGACCAAACGACCCCCCGACGGCAACGUAUUGCCCCACGCAGCCAGAGUCCUGGUCCUUGCAACCAGAUCUGGCUUCCGUCUCACCGCAGCCGACCCGUCGCACCAGGUGCUGCUGCAUAACGACGGAUCGUUUCCAUGGACAUCCGUCUUUGUGCAGGAGAUACGCCGCGUCCUCCGAGCCGGCCGAGUCGUCCUCUUCUUCGUCGUAUUCUACCUCUGCUUCAACCAAACGACCACCAACAUCAUAUCGCAGGCGAACCAGAUGCAGAUAACGGGAGUCUCCAACGAUACGCUGCAGUCCAUGGACCCGAUCUUCUACAUCAUCCUCAACCCCCUGAUCCAAAACGUCAUCUUCCCGCUCCUCUCCCGUCGCGGCAUAUCCAUGGGACCGAUCGCGAGAAUGUCGGCUGCCUUCCUGUUCUUGGCGGUGGGAACAGCCUAUACGGCCGGCGUCCAGAAAGUCAUAUACAGCCGCGGUCCGUGCUACACGGCGCCGCUAGCCUGCGACGCCGGCAUUGUUGCAACGUUCGAUGACGCGACACAAUACCGCCCCAACGAGAUCAGUGCCUGGAUCCAGAUCCCGUUCCACUUCCUCUGUGCCACCAGCCAGAUCUUCGGCUUCGUCGCACUGAACGAAUUCGCGUACACGGAGGCCCCCACUAACAUGAAAGCUGUGGUGAAGGCCCUCGAGCAACUGACUGCCGCUCUGGGAGCCGUGCUAGGCAUUGCUCUUGGCCCGGUUUCCAAAGACCCGUGGCUCGUUAUUGUGUACGCCGUUCUAUCGGCGGCGACGGCUGCUACCGGGGUCGCGUUGUACGCGACGUUCCGAGCAUACGAUGAUUCGUGGUACACGAAGGAUGCUGUUGGGAGCAUGGAAGAACGUUCUCGGGCCGAGAAUGCAUCGGAAAUUAGAUAA